CCAGAAAAUAUGAAUACGAUGACGUCAGUCUUAAUGCAAUAUUUGAAGACACUGCCUGUGUUAUUGAUGUCUUAUUAAAAAGAUUGAGUGAAAGAGAUGGCGCUGAUCGAAGGAGAAGCCCAUACUCCAGGUGUGUUUCAGUUAGUUGGAGACGGCAGGUACGAAUGGAGGGCAAAGAACUUUUUUUGGGAAGAUGAGAGAUGGCAAAGCGGCUCUUUCUUUGCGGCCAUCAAACAUUCUUUCGAAGAUCUGUGGUGGCAGCCAUAACAUUGUUGGCUUCUUCACUUCUUAUAUGUGGAGUGGUUAUCAACAAAGCAUUCUAUGCAGGGGCAGCCGUCCUUUUCGCUUUACUUCUCUUCUACAUCUGCCUCCAUAAGACAGUCUGGAAGAAAGUUAAAGCGAAGAAAAUUGAAGUGUUCACUUUGAACGGCCUUGAUUAUUUUUCUCAAGUGCCUUCUGGUCGAAAAUCAGACUAUCCAAUGGGCCCAUAUCUCAUCAUGACACUACCCACACCGGACACACCCAAACAUCACUUCAAAAGGAAAGCUAAAAAUGAACCACCCCUGGCCAGUGUCGAAACAUUAACGCCUUCUCUUGCUUCUUCAACGUAUAGCAUAGACAGUGUUGUGUGAAAAUAUCCUUUUUAUGAAUUUUCUAUUAGAGUUAUAUGUUUGUUAAGGAGUGUGAGUGCUGCUGUUACGACAAUCAAGACUUUUAUCUUCAGUAAUCAUUGGAAUAUAUAUUGCGUCGUUGAAUAAUUCAACAAUUCCGGCUCUUUGAAAAAUAUACACUGCAAUCAGUCUGAUUUAUUUUUAUGUAAUUUGGCAAUACUCCAAGAUCAGAGAGGACUUAUUGUAAAUAGUAUUAUUAUAGAUUUAUGGAUUGCGAUAAGCGAGUCAGAUUAGUUAUUUACUCGUUUCCUAUCUUAUCUGAAAGCAAAAUUGAUGAAUUUAAAUAGACAUAAAAAAUGUACAACAGAUUAGAAAAUAAUGAGGACGUUUCCAAUUAGCCUGUCUGAUUGCAAAAUGCUAAGGAUAUUUUCAAAGAGCCGGAUUUUUCAAUGUACUUAUGACAAAAUAAAUUUAUACAUUUUA